AUGUAUGUCAAGAAGCGUGAUGGACGCCAAGAGCGCGUUCAGUUCGACAAGAUCACAGCCCGUGUCUCCAGGCUAUGUUAUGGCCUCGACGGAGACCAUGUCGACCCCGUUGCCAUCACACAAAAGGUUAUCUCUGGUGUCUAUGGUGGUGUGACCACAGCACAAUUGGACGAUCUUGCUGCCGAGACUGCGGCAUACAUGACCGUUACCCACCCAGACUACGCCAUCCUGGCAGCACGCAUCGCCGUGUCGAACCUCCACAAGCAGACCAAGAAGCAAUGGUCUUCCGUCAUCGGUGAUCUGUAUCACUAUGUCAACCCCAGAAACCGCACGGCAUCGCCCAUGAUUGCCAAGGAAACAUACGAGUGCGUCAUGAGGCAUAAGGAUGAGCUGGACUCGGCUAUUGUUUAUGACCGAGACUUCAACUACCAGUACUUCGGCUUCAAGACCCUCGAGCGUUCAUACCUGCUGAAGCUCGACGGCAAGAUCGCCGAGAGACCCCAGCACAUGAUCAUGCGUGUCGCUGUUGGCAUCUGGGGCGAUGAUGUCGAGAAGGUCAUUCAGACCUACAACUACAUGUCCCAGAAGUUCUUCACGCAUGCUUCUCCCACACUCUUCAACGCCGGCACACCCCAAGCCCAGCUUUCCUCGUGCUUCCUGGUCGCCAUGAAGGAUGACAGCAUAGAGGGCAUCUACGAUACCCUGAAGACCUGCGCCAUGAUCUCCAAGAUGGCCGGUGGUAUCGGUCUGAACGUCCACAACAUCCGUGCUACCGGCUCAUACAUUGCCGGCACCAACGGAACAUCCAACGGCAUCGUCCCCAUGCUUCGUGUCUUCAACAACACUGCCAGAUACGUCGACCAGGGUGGCAACAAGCGACCUGGUGCCUUUGCUAUCUACCUUGAGCCUUGGCACGCCGAUGUUUUCGAGUUCCUCGACCUGCGCAAGAACCACGGUAAGGAGGAGGUCCGUGCUCGUGAUCUCUUCCUCGCUCUGUGGAUCCCGGAUCUGUUCAUGAAGCGUGUCGAGAAGAACGGUGACUGGACCUUGAUGUGCCCCAACGAGUGUCCCGGCCUUGCCGACUGCUACGGUGACGAGUUCGAGGCCCUUUACGAGAAGUACGAGGCCGAGGGCCGUGGUCGCAAGACUAUCCGCGCCCAGAAGCUCUGGUACGCUAUUCUUGAGGCUCAGACCGAGACUGGCAACCCCUUUAUGCUUUACAAGGAUGCCUGCAACCGAAAGAGCAACCAGAAGAAUCUCGGUACCAUUCGCAGCUCCAACCUGUGCACUGAGAUCAUCGAGUACUCUGCCCCUGAUGAGGUCGCCGUCUGCAACCUGGCCUCCUUGGCCCUCCCUGCCUUCGUCGACUACAACUCGGGCUCCUAUGACUUCCAGAAGUUGCACGAGGUCACCCAAGUUGUCGUCCGCAAUUUGAACAAGAUCAUCGAUGUCAACCACUAUCCCGUCCAGGAGGCACGCAACAGCAACAUGCGUCACCGUCCCAUUGGUGUCGGUGUCCAGGGUCUUGCUGAUGCCUUCUUGGCUCUCCGCAUGCCUUUUGAAUCGCCCGAGGCCAGACAGCUCAACAAGCAGAUCUUCGAGACCAUCUACCACGCCGCUUUGACAGCCUCGAUGAACAUUGCCAAGGUCGAGGGAGCCUACUCUACCUAUGAAGGCUCCCCUGUCUCUCAGGGUAUCCUUCAGUACGACAUGUGGAAGGACGUCACUCCCUCUGAUCUCUGGGAUUGGGAGUCCCUGAAGGUACAGAUCAAGCAGCACGGUGUUCGGAACAGUCUUUUGCUGGCACCCAUGCCCACCGCCUCCACGUCCCAGAUUCUGGGUAACAACGAGUGCUUCGAGCCUUACACCUCCAACAUCUACUCCCGCCGCGUCUUGGCUGGCGAGUUCCAGGUCGUUAACCCUUGGCUGCUCAAGGACCUUGUCGAGCUCGGCUUGUGGUCUGACAACAUGAAGAACCACAUCAUUGCCGCUGGCGGUUCCAUCCAGAAUAUUCCCAGCAUUCCUGCUGACAUCAAGGCUCUGUACAAGACUGUCUGGGAGAUCUCUCAGAGAACAAUUGUUCAGAUGGCUGCUGACCGCGGUGCCUUCAUCGAUCAGUCUCAGUCGCUCAACAUCCACAUGCGCGACCCCACCAUGGGCAAGAUUACGUCUAUGCACUUCGCUGGCUGGAAGCUUGGACUCAAGACUGGCAUGUACUAUUUGAGGACGACGGCUGCCUCGGCACCCAUUCAGUUCACUGUCGAUCAGGAGGCUUUGAAGGUUCACGAGCAACAAGCAGCCAAGUCUUCUGGUUUGAAGAAGCGCAAUGCUCCUACUGGAACCUACUCGUCCUCGGCCGCCAGCGCCUCUCCUCGCCCUAUGUACAGUGAGAACUCAAUUUCAAACAGCACCCUUGCAGUCACCAGCCCCAACGGCGUUCCUACACCAAGCACAACCCCUCCUCCUGUGGCCAAGGUUGUUGCAUCUCCUUUGAAGGAAGUCCCCUUCAAGGCAGACCAGGACGAGAGUGAGAGCCCCAAGGCCCUUCCUACCGAGCCAGCGGAAAAGCCCAAUAAGAUUGAGGAGCUGUCCGAUCCAGCAAUUGAUAACAAGAAGGCCCCUCAGCAGUCAGAGGACCAGGACAACACUACCAAGGAGCGAGAGUAUGAUAUUUACAACGAAGCUGUACUAGCUUGCAGUAUUGAGAACCCAGAGUCCUGCGUGAUGUGCAGCGGUUAA